AAACAUGCAUACAAACGCAUCCACAUGUUUGUUAGUGAAGAGAAACUUUCUUUCCUGGAAGACACGAGCGGCAGGAGGAGAACAUUGGUUGCUCUACUGUACAAGUUUGCAUCAUUAUUUAAUGAAUGAUACUUGUAAAUCUGAAUGUAUUU